CGGAGGCAUAACAUACCGUGAUACGCGAGUUGACGCCCACGAAUUGAAAUUGUGACACACUAGAAAGAGCGCGGGCUGCGUCCUCUCGUUGUCACUUUAGGACCUCCACUUGAACGUGCGUCGAACAAAAUGCCAGUUCCCACGAAAAUAAAUCAUGAUCAUGAUGUCGACCGCGAUUUGCUCCCAGAUCAUGAUAUUACCCUUGCAUCACGACCCGCAGUCGUCGCUGCGCAUCUCGAGUUUUUUGCCGAGGCGCUCGAGAAGGAGGCGUUUUUGAUGCAGAGCCGUCGGGAGGCGCUCGAGCAGAAUAACGAUCUGACCCGGGAGCUCGUCGCUCUGGUGCAGCACCGUCGGCGCGUGUUCCAAGAACAAAAAUGCCGGGAGCGACAAGUAAAGGAGGACGAAGUUGCGCAAGUCCACGCCCUCCUGGACUCCGCCCUGCAGCUCGACCCCGAGGGCCUGCUUGUAGCGGAAACCGUGCCCCCUCAAAGUCGCGCUGGAAAUAGCGCACCUGGACUGCAAAAAUCACAGCAUGGCGUAGUGAACAAACGUGGAAGUCGGGGUGCUGCUGUCACGACUGGAGGCCUCAACAAAGGCGGAAAGAACGCAGCGGCGGCUGGUGGUUCUUCAUCAGCAAGUGGGACAAAUAAAGGACGACAUGCAUCAAAGGCGGUUCUUGAGGCCGCAGGUGGUGGUCCACCUCGUGGUGGGAAAGAAUUACAAAGCUCAACAGCUGCAACUUCAUCUCCCGCUUGUCCAAGUCCAACAGUUACGGCACCACCAGUACCGCCUUCGUCAGUUUUGUACGACGUUGAGGGUCUAAAAGUCCUGCGCCAGCAGAUUCGCCACUUGCGGCAAGGGUUGCUUUCUGCUGACGAAUCUUCAGGAGCGGGGACGAUCAAGAACACCACCGAUGAUGUGGUGAGCAAAAUCGACUCAGGCCUCGCGAAAAAACCGAACCAAGAAGGGACGGCUGGUUCUUCGGGGGAGGCUUUUGCGCAUACGCUGUGGCGAAACCUGCAGGUUAUGGCAUCUUCGAAUGGGGAUGAUGAUGAUGAUGAAGGGCAGGCGGGCGGCCACCGUAAGUCAGCAGGAUCAACAACCUCAUCUGCAGUGCCAACAAGGAUUUCCCUCGAUGCUUAUCGUAGUACAGGUCUUGGGACUACAUCAAGUACAAGCGCGAGAACCUCCUGUACUUCAGGAACCACGGCAAGAAAUAGAGAACCAAAAAAUUAUCGAGGAGUGAAGGGAAACGACGAGGAGAGCGACGUUGAGACAAAUUCAAACGACGUUAUCACCCGCUACGCUUACGCGAUGGAGAUCCUCGCGCACACGGAUUUUCUGCAGCAAGUGCUAGAGGAACUAGCACCACAGGCCGAGGUUUCGCAUAUCAAAUGCAAAAAUGUCUGGGUCUGGAAGAAUGCAUGUUUGUCAUGCUUGUCUGGCAUGACUCUUAAAUCUGUCAUGCACGUUACCCAAGAGCUCCCCUUUUCUGUGAUGCAGGAACGCAGUUUGUCUUUGUCAUGCAGAAUAGGCAACACCUAGACGCUCAGAAACUUGUCAUGCUGAGCCAGCAUUUGUGGCCUCAUCAUGAGACGCCACCCAGCAUCACAAGUUUCCAGACCCAAACAUUUUUACAUUUGAUAUCGCAGCGUUUCGUGCAAUACGCGAUUACUGUAUGGCUGGAGAGGUUUUUCGAAAAAGCAAAGGGUUUGCUACCCCUUGGCAUGGAGGAACAAGCAGACGGCGGCAGCCCGGCGGGAGAAGUAGACGAGACGGACAAAGACGCAGGGGGGCAAGGCGGGAGCGAAGCCGAAGGUGUGACGAGCAGCGACGCAGCCGGCGCAGAAAGCAUGAAUGCACCAAGGCUCUUGAUGUCCUCCGCGCCUUCGUUUUACGAUGAUGAUUGCCGCGAGCAGCCGUUUGCCUGGCGGGGCAUGUUGUCCUCUCCACUCGCGGCAAAUCGCACUUCUCAGGAGGAUAAUUCACAGCAGACCAAACCGAAAGAUUUCUCCGAACAAGUAGAUCUUCAUUCUGUGCCGCUAAACCUCGCUGUUUCACCUUUGGUCGAGUUGAAUCAAGCAGCCAUUGGAAGCGGAGAAAUAAAAGACGGCUUGGAACGUCAAUUUUCCGCUCAGGUGGUGGACCACGAAGAGGAAAUCCAUCUUGCCAACGCAAACAACCCUCCCGCGAGGACCCCAACUUCGUCCGUUGACCUUGCUUUCCUGAUCGACGGGACGUGCGACGAGGAGUUGGCACUGCCCGCCCAUUUACUGACGCUCGGGAAGGAGAAGACGCAAGCCAUCUUGAACGCACAGCACCUCGCCUAUCUGAACGAGUUCGACCAUUUUGCGUCAACAGCUUCGGCCGCUAUCUUUCUUCGCGCGUUGGAAUCAGAAUCACUUCAAAUGCCGAAGCAGGGACAGCUGUCUGAGGACAAGGACGCUCCUAGUUGUAGAAAUAACCACAUGGUGGACAACGUGGACCCCGCAAAUCAGGACGAGAGGCUCUGUGACCAAGACGUGCUGCGUCUCCACCGCCUCUGCGAGUUCGCGUCGAACCGCUCCGCAAAGCGGCUGCGAUCGCUGUGGAAAAAGAAUGAAGCAGAUCCACUGGAGAUGUGAUAGAGAGAAUUUCCUUGUCUAUCAUGCACUCAAGUAUUUGACGCGCGCAACGAAGUUGCUUCCAUGUCGCUGUUUCUGGUUUACCUGCUUCGCUUGUUGUAGCUGUCAGUAUGGUUUCUCAUUCUCGCCGGAGAUGUUCUAGAUAUCGAUAUGUCUAUCACAAGGAGCACCCGAUGAAGUCAUCACUACAUCAAUGAUCUCGGUUGUACUAAGACACUUGGUAACCGUGCGAUCAUGAAGUCCAUUCAGACUACCUUUUGUACACCUCGCGCAAGGUGGAAGGGCGAU